GGUCUGGACAACGGUAGAUGGCGCUAGUUACCAUCGCGCCAAUGCGGCAUCAGGUCGGUCCUCUAUGGAGCUACCACUCUCCCCGCUGACCGACAACCAGCGCCUCUGGCGGCUGCCCGAGGAAGCUAGCCGACCGGCCGCGGCGCCCCAGGGCCUAUUGCGCCCCUGGUGGGUAGGCCGGCCCGCCACACUAGGCCGCGGCGAACAGGCGUGGGGGUCGCAAGACAGCACAGGAGGGUCUGAUGCUAUCUCCGCGAGGUCAACCCGAAACCAACAACAUUACGCCAAGCGUGGAAUGAACGUGCGCAUGUGUGGAGCGCAGUUGACCGACUUCAUCGAGAGCCUCUGCCACGAUCGUCGCAGGCGGAGCGGCAGCGCAGUCACCGUGCGGCAAAUCUCCUCUGCUAUGAGCCGUGAAAGCAUCGUAGAGGCCUGCUGCCACAGACCGUGUUCGAUUCGGGAGCUAUACGAGUUCGUCCAGCCAACAUGUGGCGUUAUGCACAACAGCUCUCCCCAAAUCGCAUAUACCAGGGUCUCGGCACCCGCGGGUGGUCAGCCGACAUCCCCUGUCACUGAGAGCCACAGAGUUGUGACAACGGCUGGCACUCCGCCCGUCCACUUGCCGGUGUUUGAGGACCCCGGUCUUCCCAUAGACGGAUUCCAGAAACGCGACAAUGAUCCUGCUUCGAUGGCCUGGGAAACCGACAGUGAUCUGGCCAGCUUCUUGGUCGUUUGAGUGGUGUCACGUGACCCAUACACCGCCGAGACAACUGCAGAAACGGAUCAAAGCUGGAGAUGGGCUGGAUACCUGAGCUGCUAAACAUGCGGAAUCUGAUAAAGCUGUGACUGUAAAUAAUAACUCAUGUGAUACUACUGAUGUACUAGCAUGCCUAUGUGCUGUCGAACACUGCUUCAGUUUCGACGACCAUGUAUUGUGCAAUCUGAUAGAAAAAAAUAUACAUGUGUCAUCAUC